AUGUCUGAUUCACCUCCUAAGGGUAGUGGUUCUAAGGUUGAUCCUGUGAACUACGAUGACCCUCUGUAUAUACAUCCUUCUGACAAUACUGUAACUACAAUUGUAAGUUUUAUACUAACUGGGACCGAUAACAUUCGUGUGUGGCGUAGUUCUAUGGUUAGAAGUCUUAAGGCUAGGAACAAAUUAGGUUUUGUAGAGGGAAUAGUAAAAAAGGAUUCUACUGAUGAACUAAAAUCUUCAAAAUGGGAACGUGCUAAUGCUGUUGUGUGUUCUUGGAUUCUUGGGUCUUUAUCUGAGUCAAUUUACUCUGGUCAUGCAUAUUCUGAGUCUGCUGUAGAUAUAUGGAAUGAACUUUUUGAAAUAUAUAACAAAGCUGAUGGAUCUUUUUUAAAUGGACUUGAUGAUUCUUUUAAUCAAGUUAAAAGUCAUAUUCUUCUGUUGGACCCUCUUCCAAAUGUUAAAACUGCUUUCUCAAUUGUUUCUAGAGAGGAGUCUCAUCAGAAGAAUGAGGCUUUAACUUCUAUUUCUAAUGGACAUCUUAUUGAUAGGUGUUAUAAAUUGAUUGGUUAUCCAAAAGACUUUAAACCUAGAAAUAAGCUUAAUAAUGAUAAUCAAAGAAAUCAAAAUAAAACCUUUUCUGUUAAUUCUUCUUAUGUUCCUUCUAGUAGUUCCUUUGCUUCUGGAAGUAGUGGAACUUAUUCAUUUACUAGUGAGCAGUAUAAUAAACUUUUAAGUCUUAUUAGUGAAAAUUCAUCUGCUUCUGAGGAUACUUCAGUCAGUGCUAAUAUGGCAGGUAUUCCUUUGCUUCACUCUUAUAACUCUACUGUUGGUCAUCAAAAGUGGAUUGAUGACUCAGGUGCUAAUCAACAUAUGACUUCAUCUGAGUCUCUUUUGCAAGACACUGUUGAUGUUUCUAAACUAAAUCUUCUUGUUAAUCAUCCAAAUGGUUCCGCUGCAAAAAUUGAAAAAACUGAAAAUUUACAGUUUUCUGAAAAAUUAACUUUGUUUGAUGUUUUUUCUAUUCCUAAUUUCAAUGUAAAUCUUCCUUUUGUUCACAAACUAUGCAAAGACACAAACUGUGAAAUUGUUUUUGAUGAAAACUGUUGCAAAAUUCAGGAUUUACAAUCCAAGAAGGUUGUGGAGAACGGUAGAGAGUCCGGGGGACUAUUAGGACACCCUACUGAACAAGCUUUAAAUUCUUUAAAACACACACUCAACUUUGAUAAUUCCUCUCUUCCUCCUUGUGAGGUUAAAAUAGUUCGUUCUGAUAAUGGUGCUGAAUUUUUAAGUCAUAAGAUGAAAUCUUUUUUUGAACUUCAUGGUGUUAUUCAUCAAACUUCUUGUGUUUAUACACCACAUCAAAAUGGUAUUGUUGAAAGAAAACAUAGGCAUAUUCUUAAUGUGGCUAGAAUGCCAACAUCAGUUUUGAAAGGUCAAUCUCCUUAUCAACUUGUGUUUAAGAAAAAACCUAUAUUUGAUCACUUAAGAGUUUUUGGUAGUUUAUGUUUUGCUACUAAACUUAAUAAUCUUGAUAAGUUUUCUGAACAUGCUGAAAAAUGUGUUUUGUUAGGUUAUUCUUCUGAGAAAAAGGAUAAUUCUGAAUAUGUGAAUGAUGUAAUAGAUCUAAAUGACUUGAGUGUUAACCAUCAGAUGGAUGGUUCUAAUGCAACUCAUAAUCUAAAUGAAACUUUUUUUGAUACUACUUUAGAAAAUAUUAACCAGACUAGCGGGGUAUCUAAACCUUUAUCUGAUAGGACUAUGCCAAGUCAUUCAGAUUCAACUGAGGAAAAUAGUCAUUUUGACUCAUUGCCUUUUCUAGGACAGCCUUUAGGAGUGUCUAGGUCUAGAAGGGAGUCUCGAAUGCCAGUGAAAUUCAAUGAUUAUAUUGUUGAAGGGAGGCAUAAAUAUGGUAUUGAACACACUUUAAAUUACUCUGUUCUUAGUACAGAAAAUAAGUGUUUUUGUUCUAAUCUAAAUAAAACAAUUGAACCAAAAAGUUUUGAAGAAGCCUCUUUAGAUCCCAACUGGGUUGAGUCAAUGAAUAAUGAAAUGGAAGCUUUAUAUCGUAAUCAUACUUGGGAUAUUGUAGAUCUUCCUAAAAAACAAAAACCAAUAGGAUUCCGUGUAGUUAUUACAUUAGCUGUAAACAAAUAUUGGCCUUUAUAUCAGUUGGACAUUAAUAAUGCCUUUAUUUGUGGAGACUUAACUGAAGAUGUGUAUAUGAAUUUACCUCAAGGGUAUCAUACUAAAGUUUAUGUAGAUGACAUUAUUUUAACAGGUAGUAAUGAAGUUGAAAUUCAAAAUAUUCUUAGUCAGUUUAUGCAUAAGCCCCAUAAGUCACAUCUAAAUAUAACAUUCAGGUUACUCAGAUAUUUGAAAGGUAGCCCUGGAAAAGGUGUUUCAAUUGCUAAAUCAAAAAAUCUUGACUUAAUGGGAUAUGUAGAUGCUGAUUGGGCAAAAUGUCUUAAUUCAAGAAAAUUAGUUACUAGAUAUUUGGUUUAUUUUGCAAACUCUUUGGUUUCAUGGAAAAGAAUAAAAAAUUUGGUUCCUGUAACAGUGUUUUGUGAUAAUGAAUAUGCUAUUAAGCUUGCUUUAAAUCCUGUUUUUCAAGAAAAAACAAAACACUUUGAAAUUGAUUUGCAUUUUGUUAGAGAAAAGAUUACAAGAGAGCUUGGAAAAAGAAACACUUUGGUGGUGUCGGAAUUGCGAGAGGUGGUCGGAUUUGGCCGGAAAAUAGCCGGAAAGUGGCGAGAUGGUGAUGGUAGCACCCUUAAAUCCGGCAACGGAUCGGAGGAAAUUUUGAGUGGGGUUUGUAGAGAACGAAAAAUGGUGAAGAAUGGCGGUGGUCUCGCCGGAUUCCGACCAGUAGAACUCCAGGAAAUCGAAUUUUAG